AUGACUGGACGACUUCAAGGCAAGACGGCAAUCGUGACCGGCGGUGCAUCAGGAUUUGGCAAAGGUAUCGCUACCAAAUUCAUCGCUGAAGGCGCCAACGUCGUCAUCACUGAUCUCAAUGAGCAACAUGGUCAGACUGUCGCUCAAGAACUCAACUGUGUCUUUUCACGUGCCGAUGCUACGAAUCCAGAUGAUUGGCGUCAGGUUCUUGAAUUCACUCUGCAAAAGUUCAACCAGCUCGAUAUUGUGGUCAACAAUGCUGGUGCUGCAUAUCCCAAGAAGCCUACUGAGCAGGUCACUGCCAAAGACUUUGAUCUCGUCAUGAACGUCAACGUCAAGAGCGUCUAUCACUCAACCAAUAUCCUUCUGCCGUAUUUCCUUGGUGGCGAUCGACCUGGAUGUUUUAUUCAGGUUGCUUCGACCGCUGGGAUCAGACCAAGGCCAGAGUUGACCUGGUACAAUGCGUCCAAAGCGGCUGUCAUCAAUGCUACCAAGACAAUGGCUGUUGAAUAUGGGCCCAGAAAGAUCCGGUUCAAUUCUGUUUCGCCUGUUGUUGGAAGCACUGGCAUGAAAGUAUUUUAUCUUGGAUUUGGUUAG